AUGGUAGAGUCUUCCAAUCAUUCUGAUGAAGAAGCUCUCAUGGAUUUCAAAGCUGCUAUCUCUCUCGUUUCAUAUAAUUCCUUAUUCCAUUGGAAUCCCAAUCACACCUUCUGUAAUUGGACUGGCAUUACAUGUUCUUCUUGUCGACAGCGUGUGGUUUCCUUGAAUCUCACUGGUAUGGGAUUACUUGGCCCCAUCUCUCCCUUUCUCGGAAAUCUUUCCUUCCUUAGAGUACUUGAUCUCCUACAUAAUAGCUUCCAGGGACAUAUUCCAUAUCAGCUAGGAAAGCUAUUUCGCUUGAGAAGGCUUCAGUUGUCUGCUAACUAUUUAAGUAGAAGCAUUCCACCUGAAUUUAGUCUCCUUUCAAAUUUAGAAGCCAUGGGAUUAGGAGGAAAUGAAUUGACAGGUAUUAUCCCACCUUUCUUAGGAAACAUGUCCUUUUUGACUAUCCUUGACUUGUCCGAAAAUGCACUCCAAGGUGGUAUUCCUGCCGAGUUGGGUAUGCUUAGUAAGCUAAAAUUGCUUGAUCUUGGCUUCAACAACUUAAUGGGGCCGAUCCCCCCUGCCCUUUCCAAUUGCACGUAUCUCCAAACUUUGGUGACCUAUUAUAACCACUUGAACGGCCCAAUUCCAUUGGAGUUUGGAAGGCUGUCAGAGCUGCAAGAAGUACUUUUGUGGCAAAAUCAACUCAGUGGAGAAAUGCCCCGCUCAGUGGGGAAUUGGACUCAGCUAGAAACACUGGAGUUGGAGAUCAACCAACUGAGCGGCACAGUGCCUUUGGAAAUUGGUAAAAUGCAGAAGCUGAGAUGGUUAUCUUUGCGGGGAAAUCAUUUUGUGAGUGGAAGCAGCGGUCUGCCUAUUCUAACAAUGCUAACUAAUUGCUCCAGCUUGGAUAAUCUUGAUUUAGCAAACAAUCAUCUCACUGGUGUCUUGCCCACUUCAGUUGGUCGCCUUUCAAAUUCACUCUCUUCUUUAGCUCUGAACUCAAAUGAAAUUGGGGGAAGCAUACCAAAUGAGAUUGGUAACCUGACAAACCUGAGAGAAUUAGCUCCAAGUGUAAACCGAUUCAAUGGGACCAUUCCAUCUGCACUCGGCAAACUUCCAAAUCUGGAAAGAUUAUAUGUGAAGUCAAACAAUUUGCAGGGAAGAAUUCCAAAAAGUUUUGGCCAAUCAAAAAGGCUUGGAUUUUUGACACCGAGUAAGAAUAUGCUUUCAGGACAAAUUCCAGAUAGUCUAGGCGAGCUUCCACAAUUAAGAGACCUUUUUCUUUAUCGCAAUCAACUAUCAGGCAAAAUACCUGCCAGUUUAGGGAAAUGUAAGACAUUGGAGAGGGUGGACUUUUCCCACAACAAACUAACAGGAGACAUACCUCCUGAAGUUGCAGGUCUUCAAAAUAUCGAGUUUUUUUCCAAUGUUUCCAACAAUUUCUUGCAAGGUUCUAUUUUGGAAAUGAGUAAAAUGGUUAUGGUUUUAGCUAUAGAUCUUUCUCAAAACAAUUUCUCGGGUGUCAUUCCUAGUGCACUAGCAAGCUGCAAGGGUUUGGAAUAUCUAAAUCUUUCUUGGAAUGCAUUUAAGGGGCCAAUCCCUGCAUCACUAGCAGAUCUGCAAAAUCUGCAGUACAUGGAUCUUUCUCGCAAUAAUUUGUCAGGUAUGAUACCGGUGACUUUCAAAAAGAUGAAAAUGCUCUGA